AUGUCAAUUAUUGAGAUCGAGGCGGAACCUGUGAGCAGACUACAUCCCGAAAGCAAAUUGCUUUUGACCAAGUCUCGGGUAGGCUCCAAGUACAGUCCCCAGCCUACAUGGAGAUUCUGUCGCCUCGUGCUCCAAGUUCGUCCACAAGUUCUCACGCCAUAA